GAAGAGCAGGGUCUGGCUGUUCAUCAGUAGUUUAUGGCGGUUUGUGUCGGAGAUCAGUUUCUACUUGUUUCCCAACGACACGGGCUGGCGAGUAGCGGCUUGAGUGGCCUGGGCUUUUAUACACAGCGGGACCACGAUGAUCAUUAUGGAGGGGGUUUCUUCGUGAAAAAACGGAAAGGGCGCGGUCCAUUCGUGGGCAAGAUGUACAGUGAAGGUCCCCAUAAAUAUCGAAACAAGGGGGGCUAUGGACCUUAUCCCCGUUCUCGUCUUGAGGAAGAUGAUGGGGAUGUGGGUGAAUCAUAUGAAUCGUCCCAUCAUAGAUUUAUGCCAUAUGGUCGUGGUGGUAAAAGAAGUCAUGAGAAAAGGGACAAGAAGAAAUUUGGUGGCUUUCACAGAGACCCUCCGCACCAGGGCAGAGCAAAGUAUAACGAGGGCUGGAAAUCAUGGUACAAGGUCACGAUACCACAUGGCAAGAAGUAUGACAAGUUCUGGUUACUCGACACGUUGCAAGAUGUCUGCCCUGUUCCCUUUACUCCAGUCCAGUUUCAUACUGACCAUUCCCGGGCUCAUUUCUAUGUUGACAACUCUGCGGCUGGAAAAGCCUUAAAGCAAAUAUCUAGGACAAUCACAGACCGAGACAACUUCAAGGUCACAAUUUUAACACGGCCGUGUCCUCCUCCUCAGAGCUUGGCAAAGGAGCUGAACGAUGAAGAAAUAGAACAUUUUAAGAACUGUAUGCAGAAGAGAUAUGAUGGUGCUAAUCAAGCCAUGGAUAUGAAGGCUGUGCGGAGUGACCCUGAUUUAGUUGCCAAUAAAGUAGAUGUAAUCCUGAACAGAAAAUGUUACAUGACAACAAUGUUGCAGAUAAUUGAGGAUAAUGUACCUGAGCUACUUUCCCUGGAUAUCAGCAACAACAAACUCUUCAAACUAGAUGAUUUAGCAGAGAUUACACUUAAAGCCCCCAAUCUAAAGAUCCUAAAACUGUCAGAGAACAUGAUAAAAAGUGAUCUUGAACUGAAUAAACUAAAAGGUCUGAAGCUGGAGGAGCUGUGGUUAGAGGGAAACCCAUUUUGUGAUUCCUUCAGAGACCAGACCAGUUACAUCAGUGUCGUGCGACAACACUUUCCCAAACUGCUACGACUGGAUGGCCAUGAACUGCCUCCUCCAAUCACAUUUGAUGUCGAAACACCAACCACUCUUCCCCCUUGUAAGGGCAGCUAUCUAGCAUCUGAUGACAUUAAAGCUCUGGUCUUACGCUUUCUACAACAGUUUUAUGCUUGUUAUGAUUCUGAAGACAGACAGGGUCUUCUAAAUGUGUAUCACGAUGAGGCAUGUUGCUCUUUGAGCAUUCCUUUCAGUGUAGGCCUGAACCCAUCCAGGAGUACUAUUGGAGAAUAUUUCAAGUACAGCAGGAAUAUAAGAAAACUUAGAGACGCAAACCUGCGCUUCAAACUUCUUAAACAGAAGCGGCUAAAUGUGGUUGGUUUCCUGAAUGAACUUCCGAGAACCCAGCAUGACCUUGGUUCCUUUGUAGUGGAUAUCCUUGCUCAUUCAAACACAUUACUUUGCUUUGUUGUAAAUGGAAUAUUCAAAGAAGUUGAGGGACAAUUCAGCCAUGCUUUGCGCGCUUUCAGUCGAGUGUUUGUUGCUGUCCCAGGCAGUGAUGGAGGGCUACUUCUGGUGAAUGAUGAGCAGUUUAUAAGAGAUGCCAACACAGAGGAGAUCCACAAAGCCUUUGCCACAACUGCUCCCACACCUUCCAGUAGCCCCGUGCACGUCCUGGCCUCUCAAGAUAUGGUGCUGGCUUUCAUUCAGUUAUCUGGCAUGAAUUCAGAAUGGUCUCACAAGUGUCUUGAGGACAAUGGUUGGGACUACGACCAAGCAACUCAAGUUUUUAUGAAAUUAAAUACAGAGGGAAAGAUCCCCGAUGUUGCCUUUAUUAAGUGAUUUUUCCAUUCAACCAUAAAAAGCGAUUUCUGCUUCAACAUCUUCCAUAAUAAAAACAGAAGUUUGUGGUACAAGAAAAAGAUCUCGGUUAUUUUUUGAACCUGCUUAAUCCACACACGAGCUUCUACCCCGGGAUAUCCUAUACAUAUACACUGAGAGCUCUAUACCUCACCAGAAGCAUCACCUCCCGCUACACACAACUGGGACUUCCCAUCGCUCCUGCUGAAUGAGCGCCACCUAUCUACAAUGUUAUUUAUAACCUCUAGAAUAACGGCUUGGCAACAGAGGGCGGGCCUUAACUGGGACUAUGUGAGGUUGAUGGAGUAUUCCAGAGCCGGAGAACGGAAACCAUAACACAAGUUGUUCCCUUUUUACAUUUUAAUUUUGUUAACCACAUUGUUUCUAGUGAUCUUCCUAAGAGACUCUUCUGAGACAUUCUGUCGUGAGAAACCCGUGAGCACUUGUAUACAGAAUUGUAUUGUGCCUGUGCGAAAAUACAUCUAGAAUGACAGCAGUGAAUUAUAUGACAUUUUCUUCUCAUCCUGUCCCAGGUCAGACUUUAGAUUUGACUGAAUUCUUUUGCAUUUUCAUGUGCAGGGUAGAUACGUUGGGAACCAGUAUAUUACGGGCACAUAAAUCAUCAGACCUAUUAGUGGCCAGCAGGGAGUAAAAAUGUCAGUUCUCAGCAGGAGGAAUUCUCUGUUCUUCUGUCAGCAGUGAAGCCAUGAGCAGAGACCCCUGCAGCUCUCACCAGUUCUUUUCAUUGCACGGCGCAAGUUUCUUUUAACUGUAUUUUAUUCAACUUUCAAUGUUCAGGUUACUAUUUGUAACUGUAAAACACUAAAAAAAAAAUUCAAUUUUGGGUCUAGUGGCAACUCAUACUUUAAUUUGGACCCUUUUAUUUCUAGUUGUAGGUAAAUGUGGGGGUGUAUUAGCAAUGAAUUGACUGACGAUUGGAUGUGAGAGCUCUACUAAUGGACUUGCUGCUCUUACCUUUCUGUAGCUACUAACUGCGUUGUCUUGUUUUAUAUAACCUGAGCUACUUUUAAUAGGUCUCCAUACAAAUAUUUUAUUUCUUUUUUUUUAUUACAGAAAUUUUGUUUCAAAGAAUUGCAAGUGUUUUUUGUUUGGGUGACAGUAUCACUAUGAUGUUUAGAGAGACGUCUUUUUUUUUUUUUUUUUUUUUUUCUAUUUUUUUUUUUCUUUUUUAUACAAACCUGUAGGGAGAGACAGAGAGAGCAGAACCACUAAAGGUUCAAUAGGAAUGAUUCUCCCAUGUAGUUUCACAGCUGCAGCUAUUGGGGCUAAGCUUUUUUUCCUCUUUCCUAGUAUCUUGUUCUAUAGCCUUGAUUAGAUCUCAAGGGCAUCUUAUAGAUGAUAUCUAUAUAGAUCUAUUAUAGAUGCAGCUAUAAUAAACCAAAAUAUUAAAAGCCCUUUAACAUCCCUCUAUUCCUGUAAAAAAAGAAAAAAGAAGGGGAAUGAGUGUUGUGAGAUUGUGUAGUGUGUAGUGUGUGUGUGUGUAAGGAUGAGUGAGCCUUGUAUUUUUAUGGGCCUAGUGUAUAUAUAAAAAACAUAAACGUUGCCCUAAAAUUGAGGUAGAGGUGUGUGGGAUUUGGAUUUUUUGUUGACUGAAGGGAGCCAUCACUGUGUGGAGUUGGACUAGUGGUAUAUGCAAGGAUAUAUGUUGGGUUACAUAUGGGUUAGUUAUGGCUUUGGGGGAUUUGAGUGGUUUUUGGGGGACAGUUUAUUUCGGCCAUGGUGGUCCUAGGAAUUGGGUGGUUGCUGAUGUUGGGGUGAGUGCAUGUGGGUCAUAGUAAGGAGGAACAGGGAAUUGGGUGGUUGUUGAUAUUGGGGUGAGUGCAUGUGGGUCAUAGUAAGGAGGGACAGGGAAUUGGGUGGUUGUUGAUAUUGGGGAGGGUUUAUGUAGAUCAUAGUGAGGGAGGGGAUGAAUUGGGCUGCAGUUAGAUUUGGGUGGUUGCUGAUGUUUGGGAGGGAUAUUGUGGGCCAUAGUGAGGGUAGGCCAGGAAAUCAGGGGGUUGCUGGUGUUUUGGGGGUUAUGUGGGCCAUAGUGAGGGUAAGACGGGAAAUUGGGUGAACUUGUAUGGUCCAUAGUUGGGGUAGGAGAACUGAUUAGUGGUGGAAUGUAGGUUGAUAUUGGAAUAAAUUAGUGGGAUGGGUAGUGGAGGAGUUAAUGAGAAGGGGUUGGUGUGGGGAUCAUAUUGGAUUCACUUUAGUUGGAACAGGUUGGGGAGUUAAGGGAUUGUUUAUAAUUUCCAUGUUGAAAUGAAAUAUUAGGUGUUACAUAUAAAAUGUCUGAAGUAUGAAAAACAUUAACCCAAUAUUUCAGUCCAAUAUGGAACUUAACUCUCAAGUAGUAAGAUGUCCAAAAACUCACUGUCAACUCAAUUCAAGGUAGGAGUGCAACUUUCCUCAGUCAGGUCACCAAAAUCCUGAUCUAUGUAAUUCAAAUGAUAGAGAAAUGAGGAGAGCACUCAAUAGCCUUAUUAAUGCUGGGUUUGUUUAUUUAUUUGCCAACUACUAGUGCUACACAGCAGCAUUAACAGCAUUAUUAUGCCUAUUGAGCCCUCUCCUCAUUUCUCCAUAAAUGCUGUUAGAGGGGGGCUAUUUAUGGCUGGAACUGCACUUUAGGAUUAGGGCUUCCCAAGCAACUGGCAACCCAACUUUAUUUUAAUUGGGUCGGACCCAAUUGCUCAACCCAAACAAGCUCAUGUGCCAAUAGUGUGGGGAAGUGGUGCUUUUAGUGGGAAUGUGUAAGGGAUUGGGUAGUGUGUGGGGUUUCUGGAAUGGGGUGGGCUUGGGGGUGACUCCUCCUAAAGGCAUUGUCAAUCCUGGAGUAGAGGAUGGGCAACAAAUAUGGAGUUAUGUGGCAAUAUUCUCUCUUUAUUAUUUGCAAGAAUGUUUAAUUCCAAAGCUGAUAUACCUCGUCUGGUUUUUAGGCAGAGAUGGAAUUAAAUAUCUUGCAGAUUUUAAAGAAGAACUGAGUGUGCAACAUGAUUGGCUGUUGCUCCUGUUAAUGUCCCUUUGUGCUUGGCUUUAUCCCCAAGUGAAAUGAAAUUGGUUCUGGUAGAAAAGCCGUGUCUCUGUAUCAACUGGCUCUUCGUACGACUCUAAUACUUCUCAAAGCUUUAGCCUACAAUGUAGAUAAGAGAUUUUAGAGAUUGUCUGUAGACUCUCAAAAUAUGUCUUGAAAUGUGUGUGAUAUAAGUUACCCUUUAUCAUCUGUCCUGUCCUCCAUUUUAUCUCCUGUGUUGUGUUUUCUACCCUUGUACAUUAGAUCCACUUUCAUCCAUUGGGAGGCAACAGAGAAUUUUUGUCUUAUUUGUAACUUCUUCUCACUGUAAAUUGUUUAAUAAAUGUUUUUUGGUACAA